AACAACUCUGAGAUCAAUACUCACCAUCACAUACAUACCCAAAUCCUCCUACACAUCUCGACUUCACAUCAUGUCGGCACCAAACCAGAACCAACAACCCGGCCUCGUCGCCUCGCACGCGCAAUACGUCAAGGGCGCCGCUGAAGAAACCAUCGGCAACGUCACCGGCAACGAGGCGUGGAAAGCCUCAGGCACGCAGGACAAGUCCCAAGCCGUUGAUGCGAUGAAGGCUGCGAGCGCGAACAGAGAUCCCAACGCGCAGGGUUUUGGAGGGAUUGAGGAGAAGGCGGGAAACUUGGUGGGGUGUGAGGGCAUGCAGAAGGAGGGGGUGGAGAGCAAGAAGGAGUAGAUUUUUGGAAGUGAAUAGGAAAACGGAAGAAUGACAAUUUUCUAAGAGAA